AUGCUACAUUUUUAUACAUAUUACAAAUAUUCAAUACUUACAUUUGAUAAAGCAAUUGCAGGUACCUUUUUGGUACAGCAACCUUCAAGUCGGGAAAAUGCACCAAUAAAGUUGAUUUUACGUUUAGCAAAUUUAAAGCAUGUAGAUCAUAACAAUAACAAUAAUUCACAAAUACAAAUGGAAGGCAGAAAAUUUGCAAAAAGUGCUAAUGCAAUCAGAGAUCAACUUGACAUCAUAAAGGGUAAGAUGAGGCGUCAAGAUACCAAGACUGAUGCUUCAAUACAAGAAUUAGAUGCUCAUAUGGCUGAUGCCUUGGAAAUGUUAAAUAAUCUUGAAUCAGCUUAUCAACAUUUGAUAGCUCCUGAUGUUGGAGAUGAAAGGUACCGUGAAAGAUUUGAUGAACAACUAAAUCAGUUUAAUUUGGUAGAAGCUUGGAUUAAAGAAGUAAAAAUUUGGUUCAAAGAGGCUCUUCAAGAAGGUAAAGUACCUGCUACUCAAGAACAGGUUGAUGAAUGGCAAGAUGAUUAUGAUAAAUUGGAAUUAGAAGUUGAGAAAUUUGAUGCUGAAGAUAUGACUAGAUUAAGAGCUCAUUAA